AAAAGCUCGGACAUGCUGAAACUACAAUGAGGCAUGCAGCCAGUGGCGCUGCAUCAGUCCAGCAACAACAACAACAAUCACAAUUUGGCUGGCAGCACUGCAAUUAGCGCAAAGGCCGCAGCACCACAGAAUAUAAUUGCAAAUGCUGGGCUAAGCUACGAGGAUGUGCUGAACGAUGACUUUCAGUUCGAUAUGGAUGGACACGAUGUGAUGGUGUUUCUGCAUAUACAAAAGACAGGCGGCACCUCGUUUGGGCGCCAUCUGGUGCGCGAUUUGGACUUGAAGCGCCCCUGCGAGUGUCAGCGGCAGCGUAAGCGCUGCUACUGCUUUCGCCCACAUCGCAAUGAGAAUUGGCUGUUCAGCAGAUACUCCACAGGCUGGAAGUGUGGCCUGCAUGCGGACUGGACCGAGCUAACCAGCUGCGUGGAUGUGGAGCUGGACAAGAACGAAGGCGAAACAGCCAAGCGUCGUUAUUUCUAUAUAUCGCUGCUACGCGAACCGAUCUCACGCUACAUGUCCGAGUAUCGACAUGUGCGACGUGGCGCCACCUGGAAAGGCUCCAGGCAUUGGUGCCUAGGACGUCAAGCUAGCGCUGUUGAGCUGCCGCCUUGCUACAAAGGCAAAGAUUGGCUGGACGUUGACUUGGAUCAGUUUGCUGGCUGCGAUUCAAAUCUAGCAGCCAACAGGCAAACGCGCAUGCUGGCGGAUCUGGCACUGGUGGGCUGCUACAACAAAUCCUCAAUGCCAGCGCAUGAACGAGAUCGGGUAAUGUUAGCCAGCGCCAAGCGCAAUUUGGCCGCCAUGGCCUACUUUGGACUGACGGAAUAUCAAAAGAUGUCCCAAUACAUAUUCGAGGAAACCUUCAACCUGCGCUUUGCCAUACCCUUUGAGCAGCACAAUGCCACCAUCUCAGCUACUGCUGUGCUCAAUCUGCGUCCGGAUCAGCGGCGACGCAUUGAAAAGUUGAACAGCCUGGACAUUGAGCUGUAUGCAUUUGCCAAGAAUUUGCUGUUUCAACGCUUCGAGCACCUGAAAGCGAAGGACACCAACUUUCAGCAGCGUUUCGCCAAUCUGGGCAACAUCUACUUCAAGCAGGGCGUGACGGAAUUCAACUGGGAUAGCAACAUUGAGGAUGCGAUCAGCACAGAUCAUUGAACUCGAUACCAAAAAUUAAUAUAACGUUUUAGCUCUAAGUGCAAGACCCUCAAUAUCGUAACGAGAAUCACAUAAUCUUAAGCGUGGAGGCAGCAGUAUUGUAUGCAUUAUAUAUAAACAACAUAACUAAAAACAAAAGGACUUUAAACUAGUGUCUAAGUAAUGUUAACAAUUGGCAACGCGUUUGGCAUACACUGCAAUUAAAAUUAGCUGCUCUCUGUCUCACUCAUUAAACGUGCGAAUAAUAUAAUAAUGCUAAGCUUACAUUUAUACUAUAUUUAGUUAAUUUGACAGCACUCCAGACAACACACUAAUUGUAUAUAUAGAACACAUUAAGCAUUAAUAUUAAACUUAGCUGUUUGUUUUGUACACGCCAUUAUUAGUUUUAAAAUUCGUAUGUUUU